AUGAGUGACCACAAGACUAGACCUCCCAACGCAGCUGUAUCGAAAAUCGACACGGGAGUAACGAAAAAACCUUCAGGUUUGACAAUCACCGUGCCGCGUCAAAUGUCUCGGCCAUCCAGCAAACCAAACCCGAGAGUCAGUACAACAACGAAGGCAACAAUUUCAUCGAAAAUUAACAUGGAAGUAACUAAAAAAUCUUCAACAUUUACCAUCACCGAAUCCCGGCCGUCUAGGAACUGCACUCCGGUUGAUGUGCGUGAAACAAAAGUUAGCCAUUCUCGUUCAAGAAGUAGGUUAUUCUCCGCUCGAUUAUCUAGUGAGUCUCAGCUAGGUAUUCCGGACGAUAAGAUUCAACGAGGGCUUCAUAAACCGGUAACUAUACCGCUCCUAAAAAAAACGGUUCGCCCAACAACGGCAACGGCUACUACGUACAGAAGCGAGUCCAACUCGGCUGCGGCUGCCGAUUUGCCAGUGAAAAGAACCGCCUCAAUACCGAAAUUGUCUUCUAAUCAGCUAGUCGCCGAUCAGCAGCAGCAAGUGGCAAAGGAACCCCCGUACGAAGGAACCGCUGACAGUGCCGCGCAGAAAGUUAUUCUUCAGACGAAACAGGAGCUGCAAGCAUUGAAGGAACACGCUAAACAGAUCGAGGAAAAGUGCAGGGGCUUAGAAGCGAACUACAGUAAACAGGUGGACCGAGCGUCCCAGCUGGAGUGUGAACUGAAGGCAAGGGAUGCACUCCUCCAGGAGCUAGAGCAAAGCAUCGGACAGCUGAACAAAGAUGGGAAUGAGGAUCUGAACAAAACCAUCAUAGACCUGCGAAAUGAGCUGUGUCAGAAAUCCGGCAAGUUAAUAAAGAGUCAACACACUCUGGAAAAACUAAAGCAAAAAUUAAUCGAUGUCGAAACCGCGCGGGAAGAGGAAGAAACGAAACACUUUGAGCUGCAGGAAAAGUUGGCUGAAAAAGAAACGAAAUUUCAAGAGGAGAAAACCCACCUAGAGCAAAGUAACCAGAAAAGAAAGCUAAAAAUUGAACAACUACAAACGCAGCUCAGGAUUAUGUCUCGGGAGUUCGCCGAAAAAGACGCUUUUGUUGCCAGCCUCAAAGCUCAAGGUGCCGUUGAAUUGCCAAAGGAAGCGGCGGCGCUGGCCGAUCCACCGGAAGCUUUACAAGCGGAGGUAGUAAGCCUCCGCGUUGAACUCGCUGGGCUGGCGGAUACCAAGCGAAUCCAACUGAACAAAGAUGAGAAUGAGGAUCUGGACAAAACCAUCAUAAACCUGCGAAAUGAGCUGUGUCAGAAAUGCGGCGAGUUAACAAAGAGUCACACUCUGGAAAAACUAAAGCAAAAAUUAAUCGAUGUCGAAACCGCGCGGGAAGAGGAAGAAACGAAACACUUUGAGCUGCAGGAAAAGUUGGCUGAAAAAGAAACGAAAUUUCAAGAGGAGAAAACCCACCUAGAGCAAAGUAACCAGAAAAGAAAGCUAAAAAUUGAACAACUACAAACGCAGCUCAGGAUUAUGUCUCGGGAGUUCGCCGAAAAAGACGCUUUUGUUGCCAGCCUCAAAGCUCAAGGUGCCGUUGAAUUGCCAAAGGAAGCGGCAGCGCUGGCCGAUCCACCGGAAGCUUUACAAGCGGAGGUAGUAAGCCUCCGCGUUGAACUCCCUGGGCUGGCGGAUACCAAGCGAAUCCAAACAUGGACACAUAAGGACGAUGUACUGUUGGAUAUUCGCACGCAACUAAUGCACAGCUUGGAAGCUAGCAAGGAGAGCUUCAGAAAACAAUGUGAAAAAUGUUGCAAUUUCGUGGGUAAAGAUGAGACUCGGAGAAAUGACAGCAACGGAGAGCAAAUUAUCAAUGAAGUCGAACAAAACAAUCGGAAAUGUCGAACCAUUCGACAAAAAAUCCUAAAUAUAAUUAAGCAGCUGCAAAAGAAAAACCGACAAAUGAAGGAGGUUAUGAGCAAUUGUGGUCCUGAAUUGUUAGGAAAUGACGCUAAAAAUAAUCCGAACCCAGAGCUAAAAGGUCAAAUUUUGGAGCAAAUAAACCGUUUACCAUUGCCAGAGGACGACAGCCAAAUCGAACAAAUUACCAGAAGAAUCAACUACGAAAUUGAAAGUGAGUGUAUUACAGACGAUAUUCAAUCUCUUGGAUAG